CUCAUAAAAAAAGCAAGGACAUUCCUGUCAAUUAAAAUCCAUGGUGGGGUUAUAUCGGUAAAUAAUCACAACUUCCACUGAGUCACUCUAUUGACAACACAAAGAAGAUUAAAAAAUUAGCUCAGAACGACACCGUUUAGCGUCCUCGUAUCGUUAUUCCUGUUGUUCAGUUUGAGAUUUUUAACCUAGUUAUUUUUCUCUGCGAAUUUUCUCCAAUCGCUCCUAUCUUUUCAUCGGCCCCCUUUAAGUUUAAUUUGAAAAUCAGCCAGAAAUAUGUGGAAACAAGCACUGGCUAAGGUUUUAAACGAAGGAGUUGUGGCAAAUGGUGGGGAGAAGAUUAUUAGGCCUUGCUCUUACAUACCCGGUAUUGGUUUCCAUCAAGGACAGGUUCAUUGUGCUCCAAGGAGCUUUUUUGGAGUGGAGGACUUUCUUGAUGAUGACAAUAGUCGGCCAUACACUUACACGAAGGAGAAGAAAUCAAAGAACACAACCAAGCAUAUUUCAUUCAAGCAACGCACUGGAGCAUUUAUGGAACCAUUUACGCUCGAUGUAUUCAUCUCAAAGCGCUUUGUUUCAGCCUCAAUUACUCACAGGGUGACAAGUAAGCAGGUUGCAGUCGCUGGCACUAACUCUAAAGACAUUAAAGCAGUACUCAAGUCACGGUCAGAUAUACCUGCAUGUUUGGCUGUUGGUCGGAUUCUGGCUGACAGGGCAAGAGAAGCAGAUGUGUACACUGCCUCCUAUACUCCCAGAGAGAGGGACAAAUUUGAAGGAAAAAUUAGAGCUGUGGUUCAGUCCCUCAUCGAUAACGGAAUUGAUGUUAAAAUUUAUCUGGACUAAGUUGAUAUAAUUAGUGAAGUACUUUUUGGGAAAAAAAGUUUUUAUAUCUCCUGUGUCAAUAUGAAUGUUUUUAGUCAUCAAACAUUGAGCCCUUUUCAUUGGGGAUUCCAAA